GAUAUAAGACCGGAAACAACAAUCUGCUUCACCACAAAGAAGAGAAAUCAUUUAUAGUGCGAAUGGGGCAGAAACAUGAGGGUUCCGAUACUCCUCCUCAUCCUCUCAGCGGCAACAAAUCGGUGUGGAACUGAAGUCCAACCAGUGGUGACCUUCACACCCAACUGGAGGAUUAUCCUUCUAUACGAAUCGGUGACAAUAUCCUGUAACAUCGGAUCUGCGACUCAGGAGAACCCAAGGUACGACUGGUCCAAAGAUGGUGAACUACUGCCCCACCAUGAGCAGAGGAUCAGUAUAGACCAAGCGUCCUAUGAGAAUAGCGGGAGAUACCAAUGUUGGGUCAACAAGGCCUUGAAAAGUGACCCAGUCAGACUGGAUGUGAUUGGCGGGCGUCUGAUCCUUCAAUCUCCUCCGAUCAUCUAUAUAGGGGACCCCCUGACUCUGCGGUGUCACAGUCACUUAAGUUACGAUAAAACCAACACGACCUUCUUCAAGAAUAAAACCAUCAUUGGCUUCUCGGUCAGCGACACUGAGUUACGAUUUGCAAGUGUUGACCAGAAUGUAACCGGGGCCUACAGGUGCACCCAAAAAAUAAGGACCCAACAAAACAACUAUAAGGUUUUCCAGGCUAUGACAUUUGUCUCUGUCCAAGAACGGCCACAAACAUCACCGGGUGAAAUGGCUCCAAUGACUAUUUGGAUUCUGGUCGGGGUCUUCUUCCUUUUCCUGCUCUUCUCGGUUCUCCUGAUCUUCAUGUGCAGACACAAGCUUCACCAGCAGCACACCAUCACAGAACGUGAAAGAAAAGACUAUCUGGAAGAAGAUGAAGUGUAUUACACAUAUAUACAUCCAGACUGUUUACAGAGAGGUUUGCCUUCUCAGAGACGAGAUAGUCACGACUACUCCACUGUGUAUUCCGUCGUGAUGGCCGCUCCGACAUCAGAAAACAAUGUGGAAGGAGCAGAGACCUCAAUGACCCCAGAUGGGACGUAA